AUGAAUUUGUUUGUGUGUUUGGGUAUAUAUUUUUUUCAUAGGGUUCUACUAGAGAAUUUUACAGGAGAUCAACUUCAUCGUUACGAGGGUUAUCGUAGAUCUGCUCUAAAUCGAACAAACGUAAAGAGGUUGGUCAGUCAAGUAUUGAACCAGCAAUGCUCGCAAACAAUGGCAUUUGUUGUUGCUGGCUUUUCAAAGGUGUAUGUAGGAGAGAUCAUCGAGAAAGCACGCGAAGUUAUGGAAGAAUGGGGUCAUUCUGGUGCUAUCAGACCCGAGCAUUUGAGAGAAGCUCAUCGCCGUUAUAAGAAAGAGCGUGUCAAGAGUGCCUCGAUUGGGAAGAAGCUUAUCCAACGUUAA